AUGUCCUGUGAGAUUUACACUUUUAAGUACGAAGCGAACGACUGUGAAAAUACAUCGUUCGUCCAAUCAGAGACACGAACAGUAGGAUUUCACAAGAAUCAAUCAAUAAUGAAUAUACAGAAUACUUCAUUGGAAUACAGCGCGAAUACUUCAAUUAACUCCACAGACGAUUGCGUCCUUCCACAGACGCAUGGCGUGCUUCUUAUGAUAGUUAAUUCUAUAGCAGCCGUGGUCGGAACCUGUGGAAACAUUAUGGUUUGUAUUGCGGUACUCACGAGCACUCGUCUUCGUCGCAGCUCCAACUUCCUUCUUCUCAGUCUGGCCAUUGCUGAUUUGGUAGUGACGAUGAUCUGCGAGCCUUUGGUAGCUGCUAUAGUCGCUAAGAGAGCGUUUCUCCAUGAUUGUGCAUCCAGCCUGGAGCUUGCUUACGUUAUCAGCUCAAACCUCUCGUGCUCUGCAUCAGUCAUGCACCUGGCAGCCAUCAGUGUGGACCGUUUCCUUGCCGUUGUCUACCCUCUCCGCCACAGACGGAUCAUGAACAGUUACGGUUUGAAGAUUAUGUUAGGAGUUGUCUGGGGCGUAUCUAUCAUUUUCGCUUCAUGCCGCAUUCCCUUCCUCAAGGAGACAUCUUAUCUGGUUCUCGUGGUGUUUGUUGUAAGCUAUGGCUUAAUAAUUAUCUGCUACGCGUCCAUCGUGACUUUUCUUGUCAAAGAAAAGCGAAGAAAAAAUGAAAUCAGAGCACCACCCACAGUUGUUGUUAAUUCCAAAAUCGAGCGCCGUGUGGCGUUUACACUAGCAAUGGUAAUAGCUAUCUUCACCGCAUGUUGGCUGCCGAUGAUUGUCGUGUUCUUUGCUGCAGGUAAAUCCCUUGUUAAGAUGUAUGGGACUGCUUACAUGUGGAUCCGAUCCUUAGCACUUUCAAAUUCAGCCAUGAACUUCAUCAUCUACAGUGCAAGGAUUCGUGACUUUCGGGAUGCUUACGCCCUGAUAUGCCGAAAGACUCUCCACUGCAUGUAAUAAUUCAGUUGUUUUAGAGAGUAUUAAGGCUGGGGAUACGAACUAACUGUACAUGUUAUAGUCAAUCGUUAACUUCUGAGUAAAGAUCGGAAAAAGCAAUGAGAAAAUUAACGGUGUAGAAUGAAUCAAGAGGAUGCAACACAAACGAUGUGAAUAAGUAAAUUUAGAGGUAAACAGACAACAGAUAUUAAGAGCUUUGAGAGAUCUAGAGACACCUGUUCUAAAUAUAGUAUUUCCUUUUCAGCUAACAUAAAUGUCAAUGAAGCAAUUAACGCAGUGUCCAUAUUAGAAAUUUAGAAACAUCGCCCAAUAUUUUAUGUAAAAAUUGACCCAAUUUGCUACAGCGGAAGUAAAUCGAUAUCGAUUUACUCAAAUACACCUGUAUUUGAGUGUGCGGGGUUUUCAAAGUUUAUAUCACACUGAAAACCAGAAAUGUUUCAUAUUGUUUCGUGAUAGGUUGCUUAGCAUUUGAUCAGUGAUUUUUAUUAUAGUUAGUUUAAACAGUAUUGAAUAAUGCAGUGUAAAAAGGGCUAUUUUACCGUAGAGUGUCACGGAAAAAUAGCGGGGUA